GCUCUAGAAAAGAGAAAAUUGCAAUUUCUAAUAUUUAAGAGGGCCAACGACGUCGUUUGGGCUUAUUGGGGGAUUGCUUCUUUCAACUCACUAUCUGGAUGCUCUCUCCUUCUUCAUCUUCCUUUCUACCAGUUUAGACUUGCAGUGUACGAAAAUUGGGCGAAACCCUAAAGCUUUUCUUCGAUCAACACAAGCUCCACCAUAUCUGUCUCUGCAAUAUGACUCAAGACGUGGAGAUGAAAGAGCUCCAGGCUCCUUCCAAUUCGGUCCCUUCCCCUACUCCUUCAACUCUGCAACAUUUGAAGGAGAUUGCAUCGCUUAUUGAGACUGGUGCGUAUGCACGAGAGGUUCGGAGAAUUGUGCGUGUUGUUCGCCUAACCAUGGCCUUGAGGCGGAAGCUGAAGGCAUCGGUGCUCUCUGCGUUCCUCAAUUUUGCUCUUGCUCCAGGAUCGGAGGUGCACACUCGUUUAUCUUCGUAUAUCCCAAAGGAGGAUGAGCAUGACAUGGAUGUUGAUACUGCAACAUCUGCAACUCAAGCUCCAGUAAAGCACUCAAUACCGGAGCUAGAAAUUUACUGCUAUUUGCUUGUGCUAAUUUUUCUGAUUGAUCAGAAGAAAUACAAUGAGGCCAAAGCUUGUGCCUCAGCAAGCAUUGCUCGACUGAAGAACUUGAACAGGAGGACUGUUGAUGUUCUAGCAUCAAGACUAUAUUUUUAUUAUUCUCUUAGUUAUGAACUCACUGGUGAUCUUGCUGAAAUUAGGGGAAACCUUCUUGCUCUCCAUCGUAUUGCAACACUACGCCAUGAUGAGUUGGGUCAGGAAACGCUUCUUAACCUGUUACUUCGAAAUUACCUCCAUUACAAUCUAUAUGAUCAGGCAGAGAAGCUGAGGUCUAAGGCUCCCCGGUUUGAAGCUCACUCAAACCAGCAGUUUUGUAGGUACCUCUUUUACUUAGGAAAGAUCAGAACGAUUCAGUUGGAGUAUACCGAUGCAAAAGAGUCCCUCCUGCAAGCAGCUAGGAAAGCUCCUGUUGCAGCCCUUGGUUUUCGAGUUCAGUGUAACAAGUGGGCUAUCAUUGUCCGCUUACUGUUGGGGGAAAUACCCGAGAGGACAGUUUUUAUGCAAAAAGGGAUGGAGAAGGCUUUGAGGCCAUAUUUUGAACUAACAAAUGCUGUCCGAAUUGGAGAUUUGGAGCUUUUCAGAAGUGUUGCUGAGAAGUUUUCUAGCACUUUCAAUACAGACAGGACCCACAAUUUGAUUGUUAGGUUGCGCCAUAAUGUCAUUAGAACUGGGCUGCGUAACAUUAGCAUCUCUUAUUCUCGGAUUUCUCUUGUUGAUGUUGCCAAGAAGCUGAGAUUGGACUCUCCAAAUCCAGUUGCUGAUGCAGAGAGUAUCGUAGCCAAGGCAAUCCGAGAUGGCGCUAUUGAUGCUACUCUGGAUCAUGGAAAUGGAUGGAUGGUGUCAAAGGAAACCGGAGAUAUCUACUCUACAAAUGAGCCUCAAAGUGCAUUUGACACUAGAAUUGCUUUUUGCCUCAACUUGCAUAAUGAAGCAGUGCGUGCGCUCCGAUUUCCACCAAAUUCCCACAAAGAAAAAGAAAGUGCUGAGAAGAGGAGGGAAAGACAGCAGCAGGAACAAGAGCUUGCUAAACAUAUAGCUGAGGAGGAUGAUGAUGACUUUUGAUUUGAUUCUCUCUGUUGGAGUUACCUGCAAGAAUUGCCUUGUUUUCUUGAGAUGAGAUGACUUGCAUUUGGUUUCGAAUUGUUUCAUGCAAUGUUAUAGAUUAAAUUUAAUUUUGAGACUGCUUUAUCUUAUUUUACUUUCUUUUUCCAGUUCUCCUGAAUUCGAAGUCCCUUAAUCCUCUGUUUUAGAGGUUGGAGAUACUGAAUAUUAUACAUCUUCUCUCCACAAAAUUUCAAGUUUUGCAUUUGUAGUAGAUAAACAACUCUCUACAGUGCGAUUGGAUUUCUGGAUUUCUUCCUUUUAAAGCUGUAGAAUAUGGGGCUAUUUGAUGCACAGUUUCAACUUUCAUCUUUGCGGUU